UAUAAAAACUUGCUGAGGGUCCUUUUUCAAUUAAGAAACUACCCCAGGGUACAACUGUCUAGGUAAUCCCGUCAAUUACCAACCCAGCACUAUGCCUGACUCUCUACCUGAGUGUGUGACGUGACCCACAAUGGUUUCUAUUUGACUUGUCCCUGUCCUUGUCCUAAUCGAUGCUAGGCGGCUAAUGAGAUGCAAACAUGGUUCGCUGCAGGAAUUAGGAUUAGGAGCCUUGUCCAGCUGGCAGUACUCUGCCCGAUUGCCGGACAGACGGGACGGAGAUGAACGUGACCAGCCUGCUGCAGUUCGAGUCGAUGAAGUACAUCGGCGCUCAGACACAGGCGGCGGCCAUCAAUCAACACGUGGCGCAGGCGCUGCGUGUUUUCAUCGAGGAUUUUUACCAAAGGAUAGCACCCGCCUUCAUUGUGAUCCUCUCCUGCCGGCGACCCAGUCCCAUGAACUUUUAUCGCACCAUUAUGCAGCUGCUGUACGAGAGCGUAGACACAAUGAUCAUACAGCUUGUCCUGGUUGAGUUCGGGGGACCGCAUCGAAGGAUCGCAGGACCAAGGACCCACAAUCUGCUGCUGGUGGACUCGUUGGAUGCGCUGCUGGACAUCGAGAUCCACACCUACACUGCCCAGUCGGAUGGCAGCGAGUACUACUUUAUAUUCCUGCAGCAGCGGGAUGCUCUUAUACCGCAGGAUAUGCAAGGCGUCUUUGCUUAUUGCUGGCGCCAUCAGCUGGUCAACUGCAAUGUGAUGACUCAGAGCUCUGGUGGUCAGGUGCUGCUCCACACCUACUUUCCUUACGAGCCCGACAGCUGCAACGAUACGCCUCCUCGGCCCGCAAACAUCAAUCGCUUCCUGGGCGAAUCCUGGCAGCAUCGUGACUACUUUCCCACCAAGCUGUUUAACCUUAAUGGGUGUCCCUUGGUGGUCCUGGCCCGGCCUGUGGCCCCCUUCUUCGAGCUGCAGCAGGAGGGGACGCGGCAGGCACUUCUGGGCUUAGAGGGUCAGCUGCUGCAGGAACUGUCCCAUCGGAUGAACUUCAGCAUUCGAUUUGAGGGCUUGCAGGAGCAGCAGAGAAAUCAUAGGACCUGGACGGAGCAGGAGAUGCUUCAGGUGUUUCAGGCAAAAGGACGAAGCACAGCAGCUCACCUGGCCAUUGGAUAUGUCCGAAAGAACAUUCAGUACUCUGGCAAUCUGACCCCUGUGUUCCCGCACUACUCAAAUCGCUUGGUGGGCUGCCUGCUGCUCAAUGCUCACAAUCUGACCAGCUGGGAGAUCUGGGUGUUCCCCUUCCAGGCCCUCACCUGGCUCUGCCUGUUGGCCAGCUUUUUCCUCUUCGCCAGCUGGCUGUGCUUUGGCCUGAUUGUGCGAGCCAUGUACUCUGCCCUGCUGUUUCUCAUCCUACGCUAUCAUCUCCAUCAACGACUACCGGAUACUCUGCAGGAGCUGACCGACGGUGGCUAUGCGGCGGUAAUGAGUCGCUCCACAUUCGAGGAUCUGCGGCAGGUGGCCAGCUUACAGGAGCUCCUGCGACUGAGUGGUUCCGUUGUGGUUGCCUCCGAACGUGAGGAGGAGGUACUGCGCCAGCUGGAUCGGUGCUCCACAGGCUCACAUCCCCUUAUUUUCGGCCUGCUCUCACAGGACGCCCUGCUGCAUCUGACCCAGCGGGGCCACCGAGCGGGAUCCUAUCAUAUGGUUCAGCAGCACGUUCUGGAACAACAGCUGGCGAUCUAUCUGCAGAAGCACUCUCAUCUGGCGGCUCAUCUCGAUCACCUGGUAAUGUCUAUAAGGUCGGUGGGUCUCGUCCACCACUGGGCUGGUCAGGUGGCCAGCGAGCGGUACUUUCGGAGUCGAUUCUUGUACAGGGAGAAGCGCAUCCAGCUGCCGGAUCUUGUUGCGGUAUAUCUCCUAGUUGGUGGACUCUACCUUUGUUCCCUGGUCAUCUUCAUAUGGGAAGUCUGGAGUGCUAGACGAGGAGGCGUAAACCCAAGAGCCGAAGAAUAG